AUGACAUCUGAUGGAAUCAAAUUGGUGAUACAGGCAGAGAAUGACGCAAGCAACAAAAUAAAGGCAGCAAAGGAGUACAAGAAAGAGGUGGUGAAUAGAGCACGUAAGGAUGCAGCAGACCACAUUAAGGCGUUGGAAGAGGACCUGAAAAAUGAUUUAGAACGGAAAAAUGUAGAGGAUGCCAGAUACCUUGAGGAGCUGAAAGUGUGUCUGGAAACAGAAUUCAAUAAGAAGGUGGGUGAUUUGGAUGAGAAGUGUGUGGAUGAUUUGAUAUCAAAAAUAGUGGGAAUCAUAGCAGACAAGUAA